AUGCCGUCCUCAAAGUUGUUGUACAACUGGUACAUCUCCAUUGUGGCAGCCAUGUGUAUGGUGCUCUAUGGAUAUGAUGCCUCGACCUUCAACUCGAUCCAGGCCUCGGACAACUGGCUGAACUGGUUCAACCUCACCUCGGACUCUACAUACAUGCUUGGGUUGAUCAACACGGUGUACUCCAUUGGUGCGAUCGUGUCUGGCUGGUUUCUCGGAGGCCCAGCCGACUUUUUGGGACGUCGUUGGGGCAUGGGGCUUGGCUGCUUCGUUACCAUCUGCGCCACUAUGAUGCAGACGUUUGCUCCCAAAGGCAGCCUCGGCUGUUUCAUGGCAGGUCGUGUUAUCGUUGGCGUCGGGCAAGGAAUGGCCUUGACUGCCGGGCCCGUCUACAUUGGUGAGAUGGCGCCUCCCGAGAUCCGAGGCUACAUCAUGGCCUUCUGGCAGACCUUCUACUCGGUCGGCUCCUUCAUUGCGUACUGGAUCAACUACGCCUGCGGGCUCCACCGCGAGAAACUCGGCGAGUGGGACUGGAAGAUGGUCGUCAUAUUCCAGGCCCUCGUCCCUGCGAUUAUCAUAGUCCUGCUGCCCUUCCAGCCAGAGUCCCCCAGAUGGUACAUCAAGAAGUCCGGCAACAUCGAGGCGGCCCGCGCCUCCCUCCAGAAGAUCCGCGACACCGACGCCCAGGUGGAGGAGGAGCUCAUGGUCAUCCGCGAGGCCAUCGAGUACGAGAAGGAGGCCAUCUCGUCCGGCUACGGCGCCCUGUUCAAGGACCCGUCGAUCCGCAAGCGCAUGUACAUCGCCUUCGUGCUCAACGCGGGCCAGCAGCUCACGGGCCAGGGCACGCUCAACUCGUACUCGACGGCCAUCUACAAGAAGGUGUGGAAGGACAAGGCCAAGAUCAACCUCAUCAACGCGCUCAACGCGACCUUCGGCAUCCUCUUCACCCUCAACGCCGUCUGGACAGUCGACCGCUUCGGCCGCCGCUGGCUGCUCAUCGUCGGCGCCCUGGGCAUGGCCCUGUGCACCAUGCUCGUCGGAGUGGUGGGCCUGACCACCCCGGGGACGUCCUCCAAGUCGGAGCCCGUGGGGAUUUCCAUUGUCUUCCUCCUCUUCUUCUUCAUCUUCUUCUACAAGCCGUCGUGGGGCGCGACCGUGUGGAUCUGGACGUCCGAGAUCUUCUCCAUGAACGUGCGCGCGCAGGCCGUGGGCAUGUGCUCGCAGACGCAGAACGUCGCGCAGGCCGUCUUCAACCAGUUCUUCCCGCUCUUCCUCAAGAACGAGGGGCUCAAGUGCAUGUUCUUCUUCAUGGCUAUCAAUGUCGUCCUCGCCGCGUUCGUCUGGUGGGUCGUCCCCGAGACCAAGCAGGUCCCGCUGGAGGAGAUCGACGUGCUGUUUGGCGGCGCCAACCACGUCGACAAGGGCGCCCAGAUGCUUGGCAUCCCUGAGACGGAGAGCGGCGCGCACCAUGUUGCUGAGAAGGAUGGGCGGGCGACGGUCCAGGAGGAGGAGAGGGCCAACCAGAUUCAUCAUGCUUGA